AUGGCAUUUUGGGCAUCAAAUAGCGGCAUGACACCACCAACUAAAAUAAUUCCCGUACUUAAUCCGAAUCAGAAGCAAUUUUUAGAGGAUGAACAACGUUAUAAAGAAAAAAUGGAUGUAUUAGCCAAUAAUAACGAUGCUAAUCUAGCUGAUUAUUAUGUACGGAAACAAAGUGUCGUAGAUGAUCCAGAUCUAUUGGAUAAACAUGACUCCUUUUAUCAUACUACUAAGAGUCUUUUAGUAUUAUUUCAAAUUAUGGGAGUUAUGCCGAUACAUCGAAAUCCUACUGGAACAAACUUACCGCGAACUGGUUACUCUUGGACAUCGAAACAAUUCUUUUGGGCUCUAUUCAUGUAUUCAAUACAAACAACUGUUGUGGUUUUGGUUUUAAGAGAACGUGUUAAAAAAUUUGUUAACAAUUCUGAGCGGCGUUUCGAUGAAGCCAUUUACAAUGUCAUAUUCAUUAGCCUGCUUUUUACGAAUUUUCUUUUGCCGAUUGCUAGUUGGCGACAUGGACCGCAAGUGGCUAUUUUUAAAAAUAUGUGGACUAAUUAUCAACUAAAGUUUCUUAAAGUUACUGGUUCAGCAAUAGUUUUUCCAAAUUUAUAUCCGUUGACAUGGGCACUUUGUAUAUUUUCUUGGGGACUCAGCAUUGUAGUGAAUCUGUCACAGUAUUUCCUACAACCUGAUUUCGAAUUGUGGUACACUUUCGCAUAUUAUCCAAUAAUAGCAAUGCUUAAUUGUUUUUGCAGUUUAUGGUACAUCAAUUGCAAUGCUUUCGGUACCGCUAGUCUUGCACUGUCAAAUUCACUUCAGCAAACGCUUAAAGGUGAUAAGCCUGCACAAAAAUUGACGGAAUAUAGACAUCUUUGGGUGGAUUUAAGUCAUAUGAUGCAACAAUUAGGUCGGGCUUAUUCAAAUAUGUAUGGCAUGUAUUGCUUGGUUAUAUUCUUUACUACAAUCAUAGCAACUUACGGAUCCUUAAGCGAAAUUAUAGAUCAUGGCGCGACAUACAAAGAGGUUGGACUAUUCGUUAUCGUUUUCUAUUGUAUGGGCUUACUUUACAUUAUAUGCAAUGAAGCUCAUUAUGCUUCACAGAAAGUGGGUUUAGAUUUUCAAACAAAAUUAUUAAAUGUGAAUUUGACAGCCGUUGACAGUGCGACACAAAAGGAAGUACGAAUGUUUUUAGACGCCAUUGCAAAAAAUCCACCUAUAAUGAAUUUAGAUGGUUACGCAAAUAUCAACAGAGAAUUAAUCACAUCGAAUGUCUCCUUUAUGGCCACAUAUUUGGUUGUAUUACUACAAUUUAAAAUUACUGAGCAACGUGGUAUACGUUCACAACAGACAAUGACUAAAUAGGUCUUUAUAUUAUCUUUUUUGAUUCUAUCCAAUA